AAUACUUAAAUUGAAAGUCAAAUCAAGAUUGGAAUUCAGACUGUGUUUAGUUCUGUAACGGCCGAGACAUACAAAUCAAAUCUAUACCAGAAUGUCCCUCACCGAGCAAUUCAACGCCGCCGCCGAGAAGGUGAAGAAUCUGACCAAGCGCCCCAGCGAUGACGAGUUCCUGGAGCUGUACGCCCUCUUCAAGCAGGCCUCCGUUGGCGACAACAACACCAGCAAGCCGGGUCUCCUCGACCUGAAGGGCAAGGCCAAGUGGGAGGCCUGGAACAAGCAGAAGGGCAAGUCCACCGAGGCUGCCCAGAAGGAGUAUGUCACCUUUGUGGAGGGUCUGGUGGCCAAGUAUGCCUAGAGAGUCCCAACAUCCAGGGCUACCUACCCAUCACCAUUGAUCUUAACCAGAGAGAGACUUCAACCCUA